AUGCACGGGCCACAGUUAUUCCGUCUCCUCAGCUGGAAUGUGAAGCCUGAAUCCUUCCCGUCUGUUUCACCUUCUGCCAACCAGAAGCUCGUACCAAAGCAUCAGGCCUCGCCCAUGGCUUCCCGACGCCUCCCAAAGACGUGCAUCCUCGAAGUCGAGAGAAAGUUUCGCUCGCUCGCAGUCCCCCAACUGACGCAAUAUGGCGGCCUCCCUCACUUCAAAAGCCUCAAAACGCUCCCGGUCAAAGUGAUCCACGACGCCUACUACGACAAGGACAAACUCCUCUCCCAGUCUGGAGCCUGGAUUCGGAAGCGAGACGACAUCUGGGAGGCAAAGCUCAAAAAGGGCGGAAGCUUCCUGAACUCGAGAUUCGAGGAACUCAGCAGCAUCGAGGCGAUAUCGGCAUACAUUCGGCGCCAUACCGGCAUCAACGAGUCAGAGUCUCGAAACUUUGGCCUGGAGCCCAUUGCCGUCUUCACCACCACGCGCAAUACCUGGAUUGCUGACGAGGAGUUCCGGAUUGUGCUGGACAAGAUGGACUUUGGACACGAGGUUGGCGAGGUCGAACUGCAAAAGACUCUGCUCGGCGUCGAUGGGCACGACCCGACUGAGCAGCAGAAGCAAGCCGAGAUGCAGCUCAUGGACGAGAGGAUUGUUGACUUCAUGAAGACGUAUGCGUGGGCGUUUACCCUGGGUGCAACGGGAAAGGUGACGGCGUACUUUGAGUGGAAGCGCAAAAACGGUGUCUGA